AGUGACUUUAUCUCCUGGCCCCGCGGGUUCUGGGUCCGCCCCCAGAGACACCCCCCGCACCAAGGCCAUGGCCACCCGCUGGGGCAUCUGCUCCGCCGGCAAAAUCAGCCAUGACUUCCUGGUGGCCCUGAAGACUCUCCCGGCCACAGAGCAUCAGGCUGUGGCAAUCGCUGCGCGUGAUCUCUCCCGGGCUCAGGAAUAUGCCCAGAAACACGGGAUCCCCCGAGCGUACGGGAGCUACGAGGAGCUGGCGCGGGACCCCGACGUGGACGUGGUCUACGUGGGGGUCAUACACCCCGAGCACCUGCCCGUGGGGCGGCUUUUCCUGGGGGCCGGGAAGCCCGUGCUGCUGGAGAAGCCCCUGGGGAUGAACGUGGCAGAGGUGAGGGAGCUGGCGCAGCUGGCCCAGAGCCAUGGGGUCUUCCUGAUGGAGGCCUACUGGACCCGAUUCUUCCCAGCCUCGGAGCGGCUCCACUCCCUGCUCUCCCAGGGAGCGCUGGGGGAGCCGAAGGUGGUGAGGAUCGAGUUCGGGGCGCCCGUCUCGGGCUGCCCCUGGGUGGUGCAGAAGGAGCUGGGGGGCGGCGCCCUGCUGGACAUUGGCUGCUACUGCGUCCAUUUCGCCACCAUGGUCUUCGGGGAGGAGAGACCGGAGUCCAUCCUUGCCUCGGGCUUCCUCCAAUCCACCGGCGUUGAUGAAACGUUGUCCAUCAUCCUGAACUACCGGGGAAAGCGCCAGGCCGUGAUCACCUGCUCCAUACUGACCUGGCUGCCCAACCAGGCCGCCAUCAGUGGCACCAAGGGCAUCAUCCAGCUCCCGUCCCAGAUGUGGAGCCCAACUGAGCUGGUGGUGAAUGGGCAGCAUGAAGAGUUCCCCCUGCCGCCCCCCCCCUCCCAGCCCCUCAACUUCCCCAAAAGCACCGGGCUUCGUUACGAGGCCCAGCACGUGCGCCAGUGUCUGCUGAAAGGCCUGAAGGAAAGCCCCCUGGUGAGCUUGGCUCACUCCGAGCGGGUGGCCUCCAUCCUGGAUGAGGUGCGGCGGCAGGUCGGGGUGACGUACGCCCAGGAUCGGGCCUGACUCCGGCUGACUCCAAUCCUAACAUACUGUAACACGGUUAUUUAACCAGUUAUAUUCCACCACCUUAAUUGGUUUACACCCAACAAAAUUAAUUAUACAGCAGCCAGAAACAAUCACAGAACCAGACAGAGACCAUGCAAAUAAACAUACAAAACAAUACAGAAGUGAGGAUUUCACAACUCCAUCUGUACAGACAGACAGGUUUCCCAGCUGUGUCUAUGGAUAAGUGAGUUCUCACCCAGACAAAAAACUAUCAAAGUAAAUUUCCUUUUCCCUGUUCUAGGCUUUUCCCUUUAUCUGGAGGUGAUAGAUCGGAUCACCUUCCUAACAGCCCCAGAUUGCCUUAUUUCAGUAUGACUGUCACAGUGAGACACACAGAUA